GAGCUACCUAUAAAAUUCCCACAUAUAAUGUACAUAAAUGUGGUGGAUCAUUAGAUAUCUCGAGCUAUGAAAUCUACGUUUCGCAAAAUGAUAAGAUAACUUUCCUUCUUGAAAUAAAAGAUUCUGUGAACUUAGAUGGGGUUAAUGUACAACCAUUCGUCAAUGUCUGGGAAAACGAUGUAUUUUACGUUAAAAGUACAUGUUCUGGUUCCUCUCCAACCAAUAAUGGGUGUAUGAUUUACAGAACUCAACCUACUAUCAUUAUUAACAGCACUUAUACGAUAACAGAAUCCCUUUAUUUGUUUGCGGAUGAUUUGGGUGAAUUUGCUGCCAAUUCAUC